CAAUACCAGGCACGUAGAAAUUGGUAAUUCUUGUACAAAAUUGAUUUAGAGUGCUGAGAAUAAAGAGGUUGUGGAUUUGGGUGGUGCGCUCAUGAAGCUUACUAACAACUCCACUUGCAAGAUGGUGAUGAGCACGAGCUGUUCGGAGAAUGGCGAUGAGGCUGCGAGGAUUGGGGAGAUGAUGAUGAGGACACUUGGGUUGGCGACAAAGGUGUCUUAUGGGGAUGUGUUGGGACCAUUGAAGAGGUUGGGUUUCUGGCUUUAUGGGAAGCAGCUUGCUGAAGUGUCCUUGGAGUUUGAUGAGCUUUUGGAGGAGAUGUUGAAGGAGCAUGAGAAGAAAGGGGAGAGAAAGGAGUUAGACUUCAUGGACUUGCUGUUGAAAGUGUAUCAGGAUGAUCAGGCUGAGCUCAAAAUUACCAGAACUCAAAUUAAGGCUUUCUUGCUUGACCUAUUCAUUGGGGGCACAAUUUCCUCCACAGAGACCAUGCAAUGGACGAUGACCGAGCUCAUCAACCACCCUGACAUAUUCAACAAGGUCAGGCAAGAGAUAAAAUCGGUGGUAGGAAAUUCCAGACUGGUUGGGGAAACGGACAUUCCCAAUCUCCCUUACUUGCAAGCAGUUGUGAAGGAAUCUUUAAGACUCUACCCUCCAUCUCCUGUGAUCAUAAGAAAAUGCCGUCAAAAUUGUAAAAUCAAAGGCUUUGAUAUCCCCCAAGGAGUUAUGGUGGCCACCAAUGUGUUUGCAAUUAUGAGAGAUAUAGAGAUUUGGGACAGCCCCAAUGAAUUUCGUCCCGAGAGGUUCUUGGCUUCCUCUAAUCAGGUACAUGAUAGUGUGGAGUAUAAUGAUCAAGGUCCUCAAACCAACGAACAGAACUUCAACUAUGCUCCCUUUGGCGGGGGAAGGAGGCGGUGCCUUGGCUCUGCGGUGGCGCUUAUCUUGGUGAACACUGCAAUUGCAACCAUGGUUCAAUGCUUUGAUUGGAAGGUUGGGAAAAAAGGAGAUGGUGAUGAGGCUAAUAAGGUUAAUAUGGAGAUUGGAGCAGGCAUAAGUUUACCAAUGGCUUACCCACUUGAAUUGCUUCCUAUCAUUCACUUCAACCCAUUUGUCUCUUCUAUAUAG